CACAGGCAGAGGAGUAAUUACUUCUAACAGUAAUACGAAAAGGACAGAGCUUUGAGAUGUGGUCCUUAUCUGAGUGCAUACCCUGGAUGACUGUAGGCCUAGCCGAGUGUGUUGCUGUAGUAACAAUCAACCUCUGUACAAUAAUUGCUUUUAUAAGAAACCGUAAUCUUCGCAAGCGUAGCACGUACCUGGUGAUAAAUUUGGCAGUUAUAGAUAUGUUGGCUGGAGGAUUUGCUGUGUGUGAUAUAUUCUAUUCUGUUGGAGUAACUUGCUCUGUAUUUAAAUGGUAUUCAAUGAGUCAUUCGGUAUUAUGUGUACUAGUAGUAUUCUUGGUUUUGUUCCCUUUUUGUUCCAUGAUAAACAUCACCAUUAUUGCUCUAGAACGGGUGCACGCUACAUUCUAUCCGUUUAAACAUCGAGGGCUUAAAAAAUGGGUAUGUGGAUUAAUAAUUGCUGUUGUGUGGGUUACAGCUGGAUUGCUAACAGUUGCUAAUUCACUUCUUGUAUAUUUUGAAGAAACACGUUAUUAUCAGUAUGGAAAGAUUACAGUUUGCUUUUUUUGCCUGUUGAUCAUUGGUAUUUCUUACACGUCCAUUGUUAUCAAAGUCCGUUGUGGAGCGCAGCCUCAACACCAUGGUGCAGUCAGUAGAGAAAGAAAACUGACGGUGACUUUGUUGAUUGUGACUGUUGUAUCUAUGCUGUUGUACUUGCCUCUUAUUGUGUUCGUUUUUAUCCGAACUAGCAGUAAAUCAUUCCUGCCGCUGCAAGUUUCAGUGCGUUUUCAUUUACGUCAUGCAAUAAGCGUUCUAUUUUUUGCAAACUCUCUUGUAAAUCCUAUAAUAUACGCUAUGCGCAUGCCUGAAUAUAGAUCAGCUUUACUUGCACUCUUUCGCAAACAACCUCAGCAACAAAGACAAGCUGCAGUUUUACCCCUUCGUGACAUGUAACAUAGUAUAAAGCGUGCUACAAAGCGUGCCCACGUGAAUCAGUUACCUUAAAUGUUAC